CUUUGGAAGCGGAACGAUUUCAUUCUUGCGCCGUUUUGGUGGUGGUGGUGGUGACUGUGCUUACAGGAAAAGGCUCCAGGGCUGCUAAGACCCCCCACGUGGUGGGGGUCUCUCAGCACGUCGUUGCCGAAGACGACCCCGGGGGGGGGCGUGGGUCAAGAACUCAAUGACGACAGCGCUGGCCGUGCAAAGCUGCAAGGAAAGCGGGGAGGCUGGCUCGGCCCAGGCCCGCCCCCUUCUUGUGUAACCGGCGCUACAAUCCUCCCGGUCGGCAGCCAUGCCUGUGGGGUUUCUCCCCCUUUCGAUGCCAGCCAGGCUGCCCCAGUCUCGCUUCGCAUGGCUCUGCGCCGCAGGGGCGGUUUUGGCCCUGGGGGCUGCCGCGGCUUGGCGCUGGCGGCGUGGUCGCCGGGAACGGCUGGUGCAGGUGGGGACCGUGACGGGUCUCUGCAUCUACCCGGUCAAGUCCUGCAAGGGGGUGCCCUUAGAACGCGCCGAAGUGACGGAGAUGGGCCUCCGGAGCGGGGACAUGCGCGACAGGUUUUGGCUUGUGAUUAAGGAAGACGGACACAUGGUCACUGCUCGCCAGGAGCCUCGCCUGGUUCUGAUUUCUGUACUUUGUGAAAAUGGUCACUUGAUCCUGAAUGCUCCAGGAAUGAAGGAACUGAUCAUUCCUGUCCAAGUCCCUGGGCAAAAUCCAGUGAAGAAUUGCAGGGUGUUUGGACUCGAUAUUCAGGGACGGGAUUGUGGAGAUGAGGUGGCUCAUUGGCUCACCACUUUCUUGAAAUCAGAACCAUAUCGACUUGUGCAUUAUGAGCUUCACAUGGCACCAAGAAAAUGCAACAAGAUCCAUAUUCCUUUUCGAGCUAAUGAUGAGGUUCCCUAUAGUGACUGUGCUCCACUCUUAAUCAUCUCAGAAGCUUCACUGGAAGAUCUAAAUACCAGAAUGGAGAAGAAAGUGACUAUGCAGCACUUCAGACCAAGUAUUACGGUUUCAGCAUGCAGUGCUUAUGAAGAGGACACCUGGGGCAGAAUUAUCAUUGGUGACGUGGAAUUGAAGGAGGUGAUGGCAUGUGGCAGAUGUAUCUUGACAACAGUUGACCCAGAGACCGGCAUCAUAGACCGAAAAGAGCCACUGGAAACCCUAAAAAGGUAUCGCAUGUGUGACCCAGCUCUGAAAGCGAUCUACAAAUCAGCUCCAUUGUUUGGAAGCUUUUUUGGAAUAGAUAAAGCUGGAACCAUUGAAGUUGGACAGCCAGUAUACAAGAUAAUUAAGUGCUAGGGGGAGAAAUCACUUUUAGAUGGGGACAAUUAUCUUUCUCUAAUCAUGUUUCUUUGUUCAAUAGCUGUAAUAUUAAACUGUCAGGCAGAACCCAGCAAAAACACUUUUAAGUCCUGUUGAUUUCAGUAUUAGAGAUUUAAGUAUUUGUACAGGUCUCAUUGAAAUCAGUGGUACCUAAAAGUGCUUAAUUUUGAUUCGUUCAUGUUCAUAUAUUUUCCUGGUUCUAAUUUUACAUUGCUUAGACAAAAAUAAUAUGCAUGUUCUAAUCUUACACAUGUUUAAGUAAUGUUACCAGAAAAUUUCCUAGUACUGUAUUAAAAUCUAAAGCUAUGUUCUCAAGAGAUGUCUAGAAUAUAUGGGGAAACUUCAAAGAGUCCUGUGGCACUUUAAAGACUAAUGAAUUAAUUGUGGCCAAAAAAAAAAAAAAGGACUGUUAUUUCUGAUGCGUGGUGCAUUAUCAUCAGCCGGCAGAAAGAAAGAUGGAUUUUUAUUGUAUUGUUUUUAACUGGUUUUAUUGUUGCGACCAACUUGUCUUGGAAAAGUGGCAUGCAUUGUUUAAAAUGAAUAAUCUGUAUGACUAAACAUACUGCUCAUGACAUCACAAUGAACUGCAUUAAGUGUGUUCAGAUCUAGAGUUUUAGACAUAGCGCAGUUAGUAUUUUCUAUGGGAGAGGUGGCUGUACUCCUUAGAGGGCAACCCCCUUUGCUUUUCUAUGAUUAUUGAUACACUGGUAGAUUGAAAAUAUGCUUGUUAAGAUUGCUUUUGUUCAGGAAACAGAUGUCAGGCAUCCACAAGAUCAUUUGGAUUUAAUAAACAUCCACACUUUCAGAAA